AAAUAGUGAGCCAGUGUCAAAUUGUUGUGCUCGGAGGAGGAAAGAAAAAACAAAAGACUUUUUCUUGUUCAUUCGGCACGGAAAAUUAUUUAAUGGCUUCGCUAAAAGAUUGGGACGUGCUUCGCCUAUCGACACUGAUAACGAAUGUGAACGCAAAGCUAUCGGCCAGCAUCCGCAUCGACAAGGAGUAUCAGCUGCUGUGUCUCGUGCGCCAGAAUGACCAGAUACUGUUCCGGUACAUUGAUCGCCACGGCGAAGUGCACCUGAUGCUGCUGUGUUGGUUCGCGGAGAAUCAGAAAAAAAUACAGGACGUGUGCUUCGAUAACGCUGGUAGCCGUUUGCUGGUGUUCUGUUAUGACAACACGCUGCACAUUGUGCCAGCGCUCGCUAUUUGUGAUAAAUCGUACGAAGAUGGCAAACGUGCGCCGGAGAUUACGUCCUUCAUUGUCCCGUUCAUUGGACCGCAUGAGUGUCCCAACCCGCAAACCUGUCCCAACAAUUCGCACAACAAUCAUCCACAGACGGGCUCGUCACACCGCUCGUCCGUUGCUUCGGAGGCCAGCCUUAAGGGUACGGGGACCAGCGGCGGCAGUCCUUCGUCGGAACCGAAUGUCAUCUUUGACGCACCGACUAUUAAGAAGUCCAGCUCCACCUACACGACGCACAAAAUCGAUGAAAUCUUCUCGCUCAAUAGUAUCUACCGGAAGAUGUUGGUGGAGCAGCUGGAAAGGGCACGGCAGGAAGAGAACGCCAAUCGCAGCAUAUCGGCCACCGGAACCGACACACCGAUUGCGAUGCAAACGAUCGAAGAUUUCUUUGCGGACGGAUGUCAGCUGAAGGAGGGUGUGGCUGGCGGGGAGGCGGCAUCGAAAUCAUCCACUCCGCAGGAAACGUUCUCGAUAAGCUCCAGCUUGGGAUCGACGGCAUCGCUAUCCUGUCCGUAUCCUACCUGCUGCAGCUGGUGGAAAACGCUAGCCAAUGAACCGCGAGCCAUUUUAGGUUAUUCAGAUGGGUCAAUAUGUGUUGUAGGCCUAAUGCCAAAUUGCUCCUUUCUCGGAGACACCAACUGUGAGCGCGGCUCGAUCGAAAAGCUGAUCAUUUGCCAGGAUAACAGCAUGGAAACGAUCAGUCUGAUGAUAAACACCUCUACCAAAGAGCAGUGGAAGCUGCUGCUGGAGCAGAAAUCCAUCAAGUACACGUUCCCCGGCGUCAUCACACCCACGUCCGUGCAGGAUUUAAAGUCAGAGCUGCUGAAAUCGCUAUCGUCGGACGGUGCCGACGGUGAGGGUCGUUCCGUACCGAUAGAGGACUGGCAAAUUGUGCUGUCGCUGCCAAAGGACGGUGAAUCGGCCGGCGGAAGUCAGCAACGGCAGCCAGCUUCAAGCAGUCAGCAAAAUAACGAGGGAGAUAGUAAUGAUUCGAGCCCCAACAGCUCGGAACCACCGUCGGGUGAUGAUUUCGAGAAGGUAGAAAAUGAAUCGGAAGGGAACGACAAGACGGGUCAGCAGCAGGGUGCGCUACCCAAGCUGUUCCCUGCGGCCAAAGCUCGGCUGCUGUCGCUGCGUGAUCUUGGCGCCAAAAAGAUCGGUACGUUGAAGCUGAAACUGUCGGAAAGUCGAAUCCGGGCGAAGGAACGAGAAAAGUACAAGGAACAGGCGGCCAAUCUGGCGGUGAUGGAACUGCCUGGCAUGUACCCGGAAAUACUAACCACGCCAGCCGGUCCGUACUUUGUGGUGCAGCAUUUGGAAGGCAAAUAUUUGCUCAGUGCGCUGCAUUCCUAUUCCGACACGCUGUCGGUGCACAGUAUGGACAUCAGCUUGAUACCACUUCACAUCUACAAGCUGCCGAAGCAGUGCCACACGACUCUGCUGACCAAGAAUGUGCUGUACGUGCUGCACAGUCUGCCGGCGGAAGAACCGGUCGAAACUCCACCCGAAGGACCGUCGGACGGCAAAUUGGAUGGGAAUAAUUCGAUCGAUGAAACAAGCAGCAGCCUCACCGAUACGGGCACACCGAACACCGUGAGUGUGGUCAGCUGCAAGAUUGCUUCGAUGAAGAUGGGUGACGAUUGUGAUUUCAACGAACAUUCACUGCUGGGUGAGUUCCACUUUCCCGAUGAGCGAGUGCUCGACAUUCACCGGGUGUCCACGCUCGGGCAGAAACAGGAGGCCACCGGCAGUGUCGACCCAGACCAACAACCCAACGCAUCGAAUCCGGCUGAACCGAACGAGGGACGUUCGAUCUUCCAAAAGUCGGCCGUCUCGAACUAUCUGCGAAUUCAGCGUGGAUUGCGUAUGGAGCGCAAGCUGGACAUUGCGGAACAGCAAGUGAUGGCCGAAGAGUUUCCACCCAUCGAGUUCGACCAGGCGCUGAUCGUAACCGACCGCAACCUGUACUCGGUUGAGCUGGCGGAUAAUGGGAAGAAUCUGUUCUUCAACCUUGCCCACAAAUGUAUUUGGGCAGCGUGUGAAGAUUUUUGCGCGACGUUCGGUCUCCCGCUGGCCAGCUGUAUCGAGUACGCUGGGGAUGUACUGCUGCGCCGGAAACGAAUCUCGGAAGCGCUGAUGACGUACAACGUGGCUCGCCUUUCGCCGAUGAAAACGGCCCUAAAGCUGGCACUGGCCAACGAAAGCAAAGCACUGAUGAAGCUGUCCGCUAUGGCGCUUCGCAACUCGCACAUCAUUAACAGUCAGUUCCUAAUGCACGACGUCAUGCGGCAGCUGGUCGAUGAGGCACACCUCGGGAAUGUUGUGUACGAUUCUCUGAUGAAUCUUAAUUCCCGCACAACCCUCAAGCCCAUCAACACCGGUGCGCAGUGCAGCGAUUUUUCCUACGAUAACGACGACGUAAUGCUGGACGUGCAGAUUUCGCCCUCGGACCAGUUUCACCUGUCGAACUUAAUGUUCCUGACGCUUUGCGAACGCUGCACCGUGGACAGGAACUAUAUCCCGCUGUGGAACUACAUCGUAACGAACAGCAAAUACCAUACGAGCUUGGCCUGCAUAAUGCUUGCCCACGGAAAGCUCUACUCAACCGCGGUACUGCUUGCGAUGACGCGCGGCACCUGUCUGGAUGUGUUCAGCUGUCUGGUGGGCACCUGGGAGCAAACCGUAGCGGAAACGCCGGCAGCCACACCGGCCGAAACGAACGCGUUCGUGUACAAUCUGUCGAACGAGCUGUUUAUGGAGUGCCUCAUCUAUCUGCAAGACUACACGAUCAACUACUUCCAGCUGAUUCGCAAAUAUCUCGACCUGUUCGAUAUUAACGUGCUCGAGCGGUUGAUCCACCAGCUGAACCCGUUCCAUCCCGUGUUUCGUCCACUGAUGCAUCGGCUGUCGAAUCACGAAAGCACUGCGAAGGAACCGUCCGGACGUCAUUUGCUAUUCUUCUGCAAAGCACUGAUCGAAACGUUCCUGGCUGUGGCGAUACGGGCGCAAGAGCUUAAAAUGCAUCACGACGGAUCGUUUCUGAACGCGCUGAAGCAUGUGCGGGUGCAUCAUGAGGAGCGUGCGAUUGAGAUGCGUCUGGCACGGUUUUCUCCGAUCGCUACUGGAUUCUUUCAUGGCGCGGCCGUUGUUAACCGUACGGCGUACGUGUGGGGCUCGAACGGUGUAAACUGUGCGCUGAGCCGUACCGCACUGCAGGGCGAUGCGAUUGGGCCGAAUGGACAGCCGCCGGCACUUAGCUUCCUGCGCCAGAUCGAGCUGGAUGUGUUGGCUGUUCAGUGUGGAAGGCUUCACACGCUGCUUCUCACCAGUAAUGGACUGUACUCGAUGGGAGCUAACAAUCUGGGCCAGCUCGGAAUAGGGAAUCACGUCAUCAACGCACUUCAACCGAUGCUUGUGAAGACGCUGGAUGGAAAGGGCAUUACUCAUUUUUCUGCCGGACAGUAUCACAAUGCGGUGGUGGCGAACGGAUUACUCUACACUUGGGGCUGGGGCGUGUUCGGACAGCUUGGCCACGGAACGGUGAAUGAUUGCAACAAACCAAAGAUUGUGGAAUUUUUCCGAAACAAGAAAAUUCUACAAAUAGCGCUCGGCCAUGCCCACACAAUGGUACUGUGCCGUGGUCAGCAAGAAACGCGCAGCAGUCUGUACGUGUUCGGUUCCAAUCACUACGGUCAGUUGGGUUUGGGACAGGAGGAUCCGUUUGGCGUCACCGUCGACACGCGCAAUGGAAAGUCUUUCUUGAUCUCCCUAGUACCGCGCAAAGUACUGCUGGACGAGGAAAUAUCCGUUAUCAACACUAAACUGUUUGUGAAUCUCGUUUUGACCACUACAAACAAGCUGUACACCUGGGGAUCGUCACCGCAAGCGUUACGUUUAGCGACGCAAGCCAGAAAGCGGGCAAAGUCCUCGAACACCAGCAAGAGUGGUAGCUACUCAAAGUUCAGCUCCAUCCUACGCUCCUCGUCGAAAUUUCAUGGAACUGAACCAACGGCAAACGAAUCGGAAUCUUCGUCGGCGGAAAACAAAGCACACGCAUCGACCGAUGAGGAAGCAUCGAGCAAGGAAACCGAACCAACCACAAACGAAGAAUCGAGCAAGCCGGAAGAAUCGGUAGUAACGGAAGAACCAACGAGCACUGCCGUCGGACAGGAUCAGUCGGACGAUGACGCAGGACAAUCAGAAGAUGCCAGUAUUACAAUUCCGGAGAUAAAAAUAACGGAGGACAGUCCGGCCAGUGGUGAGAAGCCUGCAGCGGCCACUGAGACGGAUGAUAAGGCCGCCAGCAACGCGGACGAAGCAAUGGAGCAUCUGUUCCCAUCGUUUGUCGACACUUCGCUCGUGGAGGGAAGAAUCGUAAAGAUUUCGAGUGGGCUGUAUCAUUUUGCGAUCGUAACCGAGGACGGGUCGAUUUACACCUGGGGCAAAAACAUCGAACGUCAGCUGGGCCGGGAAGGUGGUCGCAACGAGGUGCUGAUACCGACCCGGCUCGAAAUGGUGGACAACGUGGAGCACGUCGAGUGUGGUGCCGAUUUUACCCUCAUCAUGACGAAGGACCACAUCGUGAAGGCUUGGGGUAACAACAAUAUGGGUCAGUGCGCGAAAGAGAUCAGUCUCGAUCGGAGCGGAAUACCGGGCAAGCUGGUUCGUCUGCCGAUCUCGAACCGUGUCGUCCGCAUUCCGGACAGCUCACAGUUCAUCGAGGCACCGUACGAGGUGAAGCUGCCGGCAAACGAUGGGCUGGGGUAUGAUGAGUCGCUACGGUUCCUGAAAUCGAUGCCAAAGUUUAGGCGUGCGUUUGUGAUAAAGAGUGCGCUCGAGAAGCAAAUCAGCAAUAAUAUUUCGACAAUAAGCUCCAGCCUGAACGAUGUGAGCAAUGCGGAGAUGGAGGAUGUGGUCGGCGAGCUGCCGGAUUCGUUGGGCGAAGGACGAUUGUUACUGCACGCCAACAGCACCAUGUCCUCGUUACAGUCGGUAUCGUACGCUACGUCACCGACCUCGCUAGCGUUGGAUGACGAGGAAGAUGACGAGGAAGAUGAUGACGAGCAGGAGGAGGAAGAGGACGGUGGUGGUGAUGAGUGUGACGGUAGAAGAGCGAACGGUGUGGCGGACCGGUCCACCGACACGUCACGUCUGUUUAACGAACGCCAUCUGCUGGGAAACGAUUUCAUCCACUACUGUCUGUACAUCUUUCACGGGCUGUACAGCCAGGACGAUGUGCUGGAGCUGACGAAGCGUGGGUCCGAGUAUCACAUCCGCAUGCUGAUGCUGAACUACGAUUACGUGGAAGCGUUCCGCACGAUACUGGAGAUGCUCUCCUCAUCGCUAUCAUCGUCCGCGUCGGCCGCGACCAUUGCCUGCCAAACGCAGAACAUGGUGAAAAUCUUCGAGUACUUCACGAAAGACUCCAACAUUGUACCGAUGGAGAUGGGCAACAUUAAGUACUUUAUCUACGAGCUGUUUAUGUUCUUCAUACGCCACAAUUUGGCCGUGACCGUGCUGGAGGAGUUCUUUCUCCACAAUCUUGACUGCUACCUGGUGCAGCUUGCCUCCGUACUGUACUUUAACAAUCUUAACAAUCUGCUAACUUCCUCGGCACGUCUAGCGACGACGACCACCGGUGGGACGGCGAUCGAUACGGAGGUACUGGCGCUGGAGCGUAAGCUGCUGGACAAGUUCAACAACAACAAUGGCAACCCACUACUUACCGGGGAACUGUUCGGGCAGGGACGAUCGGGUGGGCAGGUGAUGCGUCGGCUCGAAAAUACUGACACAAUUGGGAAGGCACUCAGCACCACGUUCAAUGUGACCGUGUGCCAGAAGCUGCUGGAACACUUUGACCGCUUCAAAUGACUGUACGCGUUCGGUGUCGGCGGCGGGAUGGUGGAGCAGGAUGUUCCGGAACGGGCACGCUAAUUGUGAUAGCUUGGCCGCCAAAUGACGCACGUACUGAACGAUCAGUGCAAUACCAGCCCUUUUGUUUUAAAUUUGUUGGACAAUGUUUUAGUAACCAAAUUCUUUUAAAAUAGACCGAUAUUAGUUCGUGACAGGGAAGGGAUGUUUUAUGCUCAAUUAUGAUUUGUAAGCUAUUAACCAGCACCCGGUACUCGUUCGGCAGCUAAAGCAGCAUUCUGGUGGGGUUGGAAUGUACGACGAAGCGUUUUGUUAUGUGACGACUUCAAAAGGCAAUCAUUUUUAACCGACUUUAUCAACUUUAUACGAAGAUCAACUGGAAGCAGUUACGGAGCGUGCCACAGACAGGUUAAGAGAGUAUAGCUUCAGUGUACACGCACAAUCCUAGUAGAAGCGGCGCGGUUCGAGUGUAUUUUUGCAUUAAUUUGUACGGUGGCGCCUUUUACGGUCGUACUCUUGAUAAGCAAUUUUUCGCCAUUCGCCACCAUGGCAAACUAUUUAUUAUUCAACUUUGUCUACAACUUUAUAAGACUCAUAUUUAUCCAGACCCGAGGCUGUAGUAUGAGCGUGUGUGUGUGUGUUUGAGCCGUGGUUUUAUUUGUACGAGUUGAGUGUUUUUGGUUAACAUAUUUUUUUAAACAAACUUUAUUACAAUAUGAUCUGUCCCACCAAUCUGGAAGGAAGCGAAGCGGCUAGCGAUAAUGGAUUAUAAGUUAAUUGUAUGUUUUAACCUACGGUGUGCGUUCAAUUAUCUAUUUCGAUGGAAUGCACGUCGGCCCAACAAUCAGGUAGCGACCAACCUAAUUAACCAGUUAAGAGAUAACUCUCAUCAUGCAAUCAGUCAACCUGUUUUUUUUUAGUUACUCGACCAAUAACCAAUGACAAGCAAGCAAAAAACGCCUUGUAAAGCGUCGGGUUUGUAGUAAUUAUUAUUCUGCCAUAUUUGAUUCACAGCUUCAGAGCUGCAAUCUGAUUAGUAACGUUUGAUGUUUGUGAGACCGUGACGGAUGAUUAAGCUUGAGUUGAAGUGUAAUUAAGAGCCACACACCCACACACACGCAUUGGCAGACAGUUUUUUUUGAUAACGCUUUUCCCCCUUUAUAGUUGACCAAAACUAGCAACAAGCCAUUAAACAAAAGCGAGACAGUGUUUCAUUAUAAUCGAAUCUUAUGUGAAUAAUAAGUUAUCAAAAUGGCAACAGUAGAUAAGCACACUAGCCUGCGAUAUGGCGGUUCGAAAGACACCAUUAUUGGACGAGAAAAUGGCGCAGUUUUUGCUUUGCCAACAGCCAACUCAUUCAUCCAGUCAGCCGUCUCGCUUGAUGUUUUGAUUAAGGAUUGGAGGUUUUGAUGAAGCAGCCCCAGCUCAUAAUUAAGUACUUUUGAGGCGCGCAAUACGCGAUGAUUACGCCAACACUCUUUCAUCAUGCAAAGAUUUGUCGUCUGCUGUGGCACCCUUUGCUUCGCCGCCUUACCACAGGGUUGUAGGCUGUUUUAAGAUUUCUUGUGAGUGUGUGUGUGUUUGGUUUGCGAAUUUGAAAAAGUUUAACUUUACCGCAUCACAAAAAGACUAAUCGUAGGUUGAACGAACACGCUAUUGUAGCGAGUAAGAUUUCGAUAAGUGGGUCAGCUUUAUAUGUGCCCCGUCUUCUAAUUAUUCUAGUCCAGCAAUUUUAUUUAUGAUAGGUUUUCAUUUAAUUCACCUAAAAAGACAGGAACGAAUGGGUGAGAUGAUUGUGGCAGAAGGAGACUCACGGUUACGUAGUUACUAGCGAGGCAUUGCAAUAUAAAAUAAUAACAAUUAGAAACAUAAGUACAGCAAGCAAGGUAGACAUUACACGCACAGAAAACACACACACGCAGGUGGUAGUAUAUCAUUGUGAGCAUUGUUGUUUGUUAAUUUACUUACCGUACUGCGUACAGAAUCAACAUCUCACUAGAUAAGGCGCAGCCUUCAUGCUUCUGCUACAUAAUUACUCUCAUACACGCAAGGAAGCAUCAACUGCGCUAUAGUGGCCAUAUUAUAUGCGAUAAGCAGCCGAUAGGUAACGGCCGCAGCGAACAAUAACAUUAACGAAAACUUAAGAGCAAUUCAUUGUUAAAGACAGUGCGGUUUGGGAAAGAGCGGUGCGGCUUGUUAGGCAAACUAAAAUAUUGUUGAAUGGAUGAGCACGUGAAAGAAGGGAUCAAGCAGACAAAAAAAAAAGAAGACGAAUCUUACAUAGUGAACAGCAAGGAGAUACUCUUUAAUGGAAAAGCAAUAAGUGAAGCGAUAAAUUAAAUGCAAGGACUGCUGCCGUGUGGUGAGAGGGAGCUCUGUGUUGAAGCAUGCGAUGUUGUUUAGCUUGGUGGGAUGUGUUGGUUGGGGUGCCAUGGUGUGAGGCGGGGUGAGGCGCUCCGACACCAUACGCUUAUUCCGCGCACAAUUUAGAGCUUGCCUUGCCUCCUUGGUCCGGGACUGAGUCUGGGCCGGCUGGAGAAGGAUUCAUUCAAUAAAGGAUUUGUUUACUGCACAAGGA